AUGGCACCAUCACCAACAGGACCACCUCCAAAAGGACCACCUCCAAAAGGACCACCUCCAUCAACCGACUUUCGAAACGCCACCAUUGAGAAUCAUUGGAACGAUCCACCCGAUGCAAUUUUCAAAAAGAGAGAAGCCACAGCUACAGACGAUGCCAACAACAGCAACAACCAUGACCGCGAGAGUAUUGCACAAGCUAUGCGAUCCAUCCUUAGUCAAUGUGAACCAUGCUUCACGGCAGGUCCCAACAAGCGGAUAUUCCAGGAUACUCAGGGACGCAUCAAUGGGAUGUUGGACGAGCUGGAUAAGAAUGAGAUCCCUGAUCGUGUAGUUCAAUCAUUAAGCGAGUUUAGCCAAGCAUUACAAGACAAGGAUUGGGAAAAGAGCUUGGAAAUUCAUACACGAUUGAUGACAACUGAAUACGACAAACAUGGGAAUUGGCUCAUUGGUCUCAAACGUCUGGUGGAUCUUGCUCAAAAGGCAUCAGCAUAG